AACCCUACCUUGUUCCAUCUCCCCUUCGUUCGCUUCAGCCAUGCCUCCACGCGGAAACGAAGGAUUAGAUUUCACGCCCAUUCUUACUCAUUAUCUUUUUCUCUUCACAUCUGUCUUGUCCCUCAUUGCAUGGUUUGUUGCAUUUAUCGGACAGUGUAUAGCAACGGCGCAAAUUUCCAAUGAUGUGGUCAACACACAAUGGUUCGGAAUAUUCCUCCAACUUUUUUUGAUAGUCGGCGUCCUGUACACUCUCGCCAGCGACUCGCUCGCCAUGCAUCGCUUCCAAAUAUCUGUCUUCGGUGCAAUUGCCAUAGUGUAUGCCGUUGAGGGUGUGCAAAAGGGAAUCUUCGCUUCGGCCGGCUCCUUAAAUGCCAUGGGCGCUGGCUGGCUCAUCCUCGCGAUAGUGGACAUCCUCUGGGUCCUCUAUUUCACCUCUGAGGAAGAUUCCCUUGCCUUGCAUAUCUUUAACUCCCUAGGCACAGGCGGCCUUACCCCACCAUCACGGCGGCGCCGCACUCGCACCCAGAAUUCUGUGCACAAUAUGUCUACAACCAACGGCUAUGUGGCCAACUACGCCUCUGGAGGCGGUAUUGGUUCCCAUGAUGUUUACAAGACCGCAAGUGGCGCAGGAAGCGGUAACUUUACCGCAGGUGUUAGGAGUCAACAUAGUUUUACUGCUCCGACAGAAGGAGGGGGGAAGAGCAUCGGAGGAGGAGGAAGCAUAACAGGUGUUACUAGCACUGCAGCGCCAGGUUCCAUAGGUGGGGGAGACAACAACGGUCCCAAUUCCCCCCUCAUGGCUGGUGUUGGUGCUGGCAGUAUGAGCGGACCUCCGCCCACCGAGCCCUCAGAAACAGCUGCCAUAAAAGCCAAGGCGCUCUAUGCGUAUACCCAAUCUCCCGACGAUCCAAAUGAGCUAUCUUUCUCCAAAGGCGAAAUUCUCGACGUCCUUGAUAAACAGGGCAAGUGGUGGCAAGCCCGAAGAGCAGAUGGCACAACAGGAAUCGCCCCAUCAAACUAUCUGCAGGUCAUAUAAUGAUUCAACGGCUUUCUCACGCUCUAUACGAUCUGUCUGUUACGCCCACAUACUACAUGCAUGAUCCUAUGUAAUUUCUCGGAGAACCUUUCUAUGCAGUGUGCUCCUCUAUUCUCCUUCUCAAAGUGUAAAGCACCGUCUUCCCAUAUUUUGUACCGCUGAUCUCGUAUCGCUGAUUUUUGUUGUGCUUUCUACUUUUGUUUAUCUAUUGAGAUACCAUUUACUCUAUCAGUUUCUUCGUGGAGACAGCGACGUGUAGCACUCAGAAAAAAUGAUGGCGAGAUCAUUCGUGGGAAAAAGU